UGCUUCGACCAAAACAGACACCCUCAGCUUCCCUAUGAAGUUCAGAGUCAUCAUCUAAGCAACACGAGCCAGCACGGGCUACCACAUCCGCAACCACCACAUUCCAUUCCGCCCACACGCACAGUUCAGAAUCGAUGGAAGCAGCACUGCAAGCCUCGAUUUUGGGCCGACCCAAAUUCAUGACUGCUUCAAAACCGUCAUUUUUUGUUGUCUCAAAUCGUCGAAUGAACACUCCAAUUAAGUUUUCCUCAUUAAAUUUUAGGUACCCAAGUGGGAUUUCGGUCAAUUGUGUUUUCUCUAACUCGUUGAGCUCAAGUCCCAAGUUGACUGGGCCAUCUGGAAGGCGAUCUGGGUUGAAGGGCGGCGAGAAUCCGAGUUCUGCGUCUGGUAAUUUGGAUUUUUUUGGGGUUUUGUUGAGGCGAGGGGUCGUUUUGGGGGCUAUGGUUUGUGGGGUUUUGGUGUUAGGCUGCAGCAGAGUGUUUGCAGUGGAGGGUGUUGUCGAUGCCGAUUAUGGGGUUCUGGGGCGGACUAUGGUGGUGUUGAGAGGCGCUUGGCCAAAGACGUUACAGCUUUUACGCGUUUUUAAGGAUCAAGGUCUGAUUUUGGCUGCGCUUUUGGGUCUCUCUGCAUUUUUUUCCAUGGCUGAAACUUCCAUUACCACACUUUGGCCUUGGAAGGUGCGUGAGUUAGCUGAAAAGGAGUCUGAGAAUGGUGUCUUCAAAAUGCUCCGCAGUGAUGUCACUCGUUUCUUAACGACUAUACUUAUAGGCACAACUGUGGUCAAUAUUGGAGCAACUGCACUAGUCACAGAGGCUGCAACACAAAUUUUUGGCGAAGCUGGUAUUACUGCAGCAACUGGAGUAAUGACUGUUGCAAUUUUGCUUCUCACUGAAAUUACUCCAAAAAGCCUAGCUGUCCAUAAUGCCACAGAGGUUGCUAGGUUUGUGGUCAGGCCAGUGGCGUGGCUUUCGUUUAUAUUAUAUCCUGUGGGAAGGGUUGUCACGUAUUUAUCAAUGGGAAUGCUAAAAAUGCUUGGUUUGAAAGGAAGAAGUGAACCAUAUGUUACUGAAGAGGAGUUAAAGUUGAUGUUGCGAGGAGCGGAAUUGAGUGGGGCAAUAGAGGAGGAAGAGCAGGAUAUGAUCGAAAACGUGUUGGAGAUAAAAGAUACACAUGUUAGAGAAGUGAUGACACCUCUUGUGGAUGUUGUUGCAAUUGAUGCCAGUGCAACACUUGUUGAUUUCCAUGAAUUGUGGCUGACUCAUCAGUACUCCAGGGUUCCUGUUUUUGAACAGCGUGUUGAUAACAUAGUUGGUGUUGCAUAUGCAAUGGAUCUGCUGGAUUAUCUUCAGAAGGGGGAGAUUCUAGAAAGUUCUAUUGUGGGAGAUAUGGCUCAUAAACCUGCAUACUUCGUGCCUGAUUCAAUGUCUGUCUGGAAUCUUCUAAGAGAAUUUCGCAUCAGGAAGGUCCACAUGGCUGUUGUUCUCAAUGAGUAUGGUGGAACUGUGGGAAUAGUAACCCUGGAAGAUGUGGUUGAGGAAAUUGUCGGUGAAAUCUUCGAUGAGAAUGAUUCAAAAGAAGAGAUUCAGAAGAAAACUGGUUAUGUUGUAAUGAAAGGUGAGGGAAUAUUUGAUGUGGAUGCAAAUACAUCAAUUGAUCAGCUCUCUGAAGAUCUCAAUAUCAAAAUGCCAGAGGGUCAUCAAUAUGAGACAGUAUCAGGUUUUAUCUGUGAGGUAUUUGGGUAUAUCCCAAGGACUGGUGAGAGCAUAAAGGUGGUACUUGAAAAUCAAGAAGAGAAUGAAGAAUAUACAGAGCAAGAAUCUGACCGCCAAGAACAGAAGGAGAAGCAGCACAUUUUUAAGCUUGAGAUAUUGGCAGGAAAUGCCAGAAAGGUGAGUGCUGUUCGGUUUGAACGGAUAAAUAAUGAUGAUGCAGCAUUGGAGACCAAAGAGGUGACUCGCUUGGUUCCCAAAAUCAUGAAAAGGAAAUGGAGUGACAGCGAGGAUUCAGAUAGUGCGGACAAUGAUGAGGAUGCCCACCAGAUGAGACCAGAGGAUGGCCUUUCUGAUGGCUAUGUAAUUGCUGAACAUAAAGAUGAUCAUGACAGUCAUAAUGAGCAGUAGUUACUUUAGUCUCAUUUUUCUCAUUCCUACGGCUCCAAAAAGAGGUAAAGAGACUGAAAACAAAAUAACAAAUUCGGACAUAGUAAACGAACAUUGUAAAUUUUUUUUCCUCACAGAUGAAGAGAAGUAUCAACAUCUGAAUCAUCAAAGUUCUUUGA